CCGUUCUUUCGCCCCUCCCAAUCCAAGCCGCAUCUCGGAACAAAGACUCUCUCUCUCUCUUCUCUUAAACCCUUCGUCCCCGAGGAGAAUCGAGGAAGAGGGGGCCGCAGAGUCUACAUCUUAAUCCUUCUUCUGGAAGCGGACGGGCCUCGGGAUCUCGGUUCGAUAUGGAGACGAGUCAGCAGGCGCUGGAUCGUAUCGAGCCUUUGGAAUCAUCAACUGUAGAUGGUGAUCAGAAACCUGUUACUGUUGAGACCUUGAACGAACAGCCACCUUCUGCUAUAGAUGAGAAAGUGACAACCUCUAAUGCUUCAGAUGAGUCAAGUAACAUAGGUCUCCCAAGAGAUGCACAAGACCAUUUUGGUUCUUCUGAUGCAGUUAAUGAUGACAGUAUAAUUUUUCCACCAAAUAAUUUGCCCCCUCCGGCACAUGUCUUCUGGUAUAGAGGAUAUGAGAAUCCAAUUGCUGAUGAGUACUCUCGACAUUUAAAUGUUGAAGGCCUAGAAGUUGGUUCCACUGGUGUCUACAAUGAGAAUCGUUCACUCGUAUAUCAUACUGGAUAUGGGUACAGUCCUCAGAUGCCUUAUGGACCCUAUUCCCCAGCUACAACGCCUCUACCUUCUAUUAGUGGAGAUGGCCAACUCUACACCCCGCAGCAGUUCCAGUUCCCAGGUGCAUACUACCAGCAGCCAGCUCCUCCUAAUAUGCCGUUUCUGUCUUCACCAACUCCAAUACCACAAGCUGAUUUGACAAUGCCCAUUGAUCAGCAAGGAGCAUUUCCUGUUGAUACCUCAAGCUUCAACACCCACCCGUUUGGACCAAGACCUGGUUAUCAGCUAUCCUAUGGGUCUUUUGGUAGAGAUUGGUUGAGAUCCCCAGAGGGGACUGGGUCUGUGACUCCAUUAUCACCACCGGCAGCUUCUCCCCAGCCAGUUGGUGCACUCAUGUCAUUUGGGCAAAACACCAUGCCUCCAACUUAUGGAAUGGCUUCACAACAACACAGAUCUUUGUAUGGUUUUGGAUCCUCUAUCAAUUCGCCCCAUGGUGGGCUGUAUCAUGGUAGCAUUUUUGAGACAUCUUUUCCUAGCUUCGGAUUCAAGGACCAGAGCUUGAUUGCUCUGGACAGAAGGAGCGGAGGAAAGGGAACCAUGUACAGUCGCAAUGGCAAUCUUGAUUUUCUAAACGAACAAAAUCGAGGGCCACGAGCAAGUAGAACAAAUAAUCAGAUGACUGAACACAAUCCUUCGCUUGACAAUGGAAACAGUUCUUCAAGGGUUGAUCAAAAAUUGUAUAAUAAUCCUGACUUUAUUACAGAGUACAAGGAUGCCAAGUUUUUUGUAAUUAAGUCUUACAGCGAGGAUAAUGUUCAUAAAAGCAUCAAAUAUGGUGUUUGGGCUAGCACUUCCAAUGGAAACAAGAAGUUGGAUUCUGCAUACCAUGAAGCAAAUAAGAAAGAAGAUCCUUGUCCAGUUUUCUUAUUUUUCUCGGUAAAUGCAAGUGCACAUUUCUGCGGGGUGGCUGAAAUGAUUGGACCUGUUGAUUUUGAGAAAAGUGUGGACUACUGGCAGCAAGACAAGUGGAGUGGCCAGUUCCCUGUGAAGUGGCAGAUAGUGAAAGAUGUACCCAACAAUCUGUUUCGGCAUAUUAUUCUUGAAAACAAUGACAAUAAGCCUGUCACCAACAGCAGAGACACCCAAGAAGUGAAAUUGGAGCAGGGUCUGGAGAUGCUAAGCAUUUUUAAGAAGCAUGAAUAUGAGGUAUCAAUCCUUGAUGACUUCGAGUUUUAUGAGGAGCGGGAGAAAGCCAUGCAGGAGAGGAAGUCCCACCAGCACCAGCAACAGCUAUCCAACUCAGCAUGGCCUGUUCCAGCAGCUCUUAGGGAUGAUCAGAGGAACACAGCUACUAUGUCUGGAGAAUUCAUUGGCCAGAUCUCAGAGAAAUUUACGCAUGCUGUCACGUUGGAAGAAAGAAGCAAUGCUGACCCCUCGACAGAUAAAAAUAGUUCCUUAAAUACUGCUGUUGCUUCCAUGCCCAAGGAUCUGUAGAAACCAGCAACUGCAGCCAUAACAAUGAGCAGCUAGAAAGUUAUUCAAGAGUAUAGGCCUCUUAUUCAGAUCCUUAAUGUUCAGAAUGACUGAUGACUAGGUUUGGUGAAUUAGGCAUUGGAAAAGCUGUUGAGUAGGAUUUCUAGUAUUGUUGAAGCAGUUGUACAGUUUGUUGGCCAUUCAAGAAAAAAGAAAAGAAAGAAAAGGGAAAAAAGAGAACUCUAUUUUUUUUCCUCCCUUUGUUUCCUUCUGACAGUCUUUGGCAGAUCUGGAGUUCUCUACUAGCUUUUGUAAAGUUCCAUUUGAAUGGCAUAUGAAUAAUUUGGCCGUAUCGUUCGGUUCCAACUCUGUCGAUCUUAGUUUUCUUGUGACGCUAGUACUUUGUGUCUGGCACCAUGAAAAAAGCUGAAAUGUUUCAGGUAA